ACAUUAAGAAAAACCCAUCCCUCUUUCUCUCUGCCUCGCACGCCUCUCUCACUCGCCCAAGACUUGUUCUCUGUUCUAGGGUUAGGGUUUUGUGAUUUCAGUUUUGAUUUGGGAAAAUGAGUUCUAAAGAAGCUGGUUCGACGAAGGGAGGCAGGGGCAAACCGAAGGCCUCCAAGUCUGUAUCGAGGUCUCAUAAAGCAGGGCUCCAGUUUCCGGUGGGUAGGAUCGCCCGAUUUCUUAAGGCCGGCAAGUACGCAGAGCGGGUUGGUGCUGGCGCACCUGUAUAUCUCUCCGCCGUGCUCGAAUACCUUGCUGCAGAGGUAUUGGAGCUUGCUGGAAAUGCUGCAAGGGAUAACAAGAAGAACCGUAUUGUGCCAAGGCACAUCCAACUGGCCGUGAGGAACGACGAAGAGCUAAGCAAGCUAUUGGGGUCUGUGACCAUUGCUAAUGGAGGAGUGUUGCCAAACAUCCACCAAACUCUUUUGCCGAAGAAGGUGGGCAAAGGCAAGGGCGAUAUUGGAUCUGCCUCUCAGGAGUUCUAGAGGGUUCUCUCCCUUCUGUGGAGUUAAAGAGUAGUUACUGCAGUUGUACUAUAUGAAGUUGUUUUUUAAUUUUUUGGGAUAGAGCUUGAUCAUUUGGUACUUGGAAUUGGUAUGCUAUAAAUGAAAGUUUGUGUUAGGAUUUUCUCAA